CAUAGCCAACACAAGAAAAUUACGAGCUUUGUAUUUUUCUCCGAGUAUACUGCUUAAAAUUCGGCAUAUCGGAGAUUAGCCACACCUUUGAUCACCAAUGCUUCUUUGGCUGUUGCAAUAGUGAUCUCUGAUGCACAGCAUACAAACCAAGAAUAAUCUGCGUCAAAAGUGUCGAUUUACCUGAAUUCGUUCUGCCUAAAAGUGAAGCUGUUUGAAACUCGUAGAAGUAGCAGACGUUGCCAUGCCUGUUGCCACGACGACCGGUGGAGGUAUACUAAACAGUCAAGGAACGAUGAGCAAUGAGGAGCUGGGAAUCCGAGAUGUUUGGAAGCACAAUAUGGAGGAUGAAUUCAAGCAUAUACGGAGAAUCAUACAAAACUAUCCCUAUGUAGCAAUGGAUACUGAGUUCCCGGGUGUUGUAGCACGACCAAUUGGCGAGUUUCGCAGCACGGCAGACUACCAAUAUCAGCUACUACGUUGCAACGUUGACUUGCUGAGAAUUAUCCAACUGGGGAUGACAUUCCUAAACGAGCAUGGCCAACCAGCACCAGGAAUUUCAACGUGGCAGUUCAACUUUAAUUUCAACCUGACAGAAGACAUGUACGCUCAAGAUUCAAUAGACCUCCUGCAGAAUUCCGGAAUACAGUUCAAGAAGCACGAGGACGUUGGAAUUGAUGUCACAGAGUUUGCCGAGCUUAUCAUGACAUCUGGUGUCGUUCUCAACGACAAUGUCAAGUGGCUCUCCUUCCACAGUGGAUAUGACUUUGGCUACAUGUUGAAGCUAUUGACCAACACACAGCUACCUGCAGAGGAGUCAGAGUUCUUUGAACUUCUGCGAAUAUACUUCCCAGUCAUCUACGAUGUCAAAUACUUAAUGAAAAGUUGCAAGAACCUCAAGGGAGGCUUACAGGAGGUUGCUGAGCAGCUUGAGCUCGAACGAGUGGGCCCACAGCAUCAGGCCGGCAGUGACAGCCUACUGACUGGGUCGGCUUUCUUCAAGAUGCGAGAGAUGUUUUUUGAAGACAACAUAGAUGAUGCAAAAUACUGUGGUCAUCUCUAUGGGCUUGGCACGUCGUACGUGCAGAAUGGGAACUCAAACAACUUCACUGAGUCCAGCCAGACGCCUGAACAACCCACGUCUUCAACGCCCACUACAACGUCGUCGUCAUGACCCCUGGAUUAGUCCGCCAGUGCCCGGAGGAACAUGCGUCCUCAUCUAGGUCGUCGAUUUGUACAAAACCACACUAAUUCUGUUUUGUCAUUAUGCGGGCGCGCGUGUGUAUGUGUGUGUGUGUGUGUGCGCAUGCGUGCGUGCGUUCGAGCGAGCGCGCACGCACGCA